GCUGCACGCAACUGAGCAACCGCGGGGCGGAGCGCUGCCUCUGUACCGCCCUCUCCUACCACCUCCUUCUCUCUGCUCCCAAGAUGGCGGAACCGAGCGGUCUGAGUGAUGAGGCUGCCUAUGGCGCCUGCUCGGAGCCGGAUCCCAGCACGAAGGAUUUUAUGUUCCAGCAGACAAUGCUAAGAGUAAAGGAUCCUAAGAAGUCACUGGAUUUCUAUACAAGAGUUCUUGGAAUGACACUGCUUCAAAAAUUUGACUUUCCUCCUAUGAAGUUCUCACUGUAUUUCCUGGGUUAUGAAGAUAAAAAUGAUAUCCCAAAAGAUAAAGCUGAGAGAACAUCUUGGACCUUUUCCAGAAAAGCUACACUUGAACUGACACACAACUGGGGCACUGAAAAUGAUGAAAAGCAGUCCUAUCAUAAUGGCAAUUCAGAUCCUCGAGGAUUUGGGCACAUUGGAAUUGCUGUCCCUGAUGUCAAUAAAGCUUGUAAGAGGUUUGAAGAACUAGGAGUGAAAUUUGUGAAGAAACCAGAUGAUGGUAAAAUGAAAGGACUUGCAUUUGUUCAGGAUCCUGAUGGCUACUGGAUUGAAAUUUUGAAUCCUAAACAUAUGGUGACUCUCACUUAGAUCUAAGGAAAUAUGCAGUAUAAGAGAUACAACCUUUCAGUUCCCUGGAGAAAAUCUGUAACAGUAUUUGUAAAAUUCUUGCUUAAUGGAGAGGAAUGAAUCACGUUCAGAUUUUCUUCUAAAAUUAUCCCGAGGCCUGCCUUCUGUUCUCCUGUGACACCACUGCGAUUUGCUUCCAAUUAGGAAUCCUCGCCCAUCUUUUUAAGAGCACAAAUAUGUACACUGCUCUUGAACAUAUUCUGUCAAUAUUUCACUAAAGUCUCUAAGAUACGUGACCAGAAGUUUACUUUAUUUCACACUACCUAGAUUUAAACUAACAAAAAAAAUCCAGCAUUACUGCUGGUGAGCUUCAGCGAGGAGUAUAUAUGUAUAUUUUUAUCAAGUCAGAGGAUAUCCUGAAGGCUUCAUGCAGUACCGUGUAUACUAGAAAAUAAAAUAUCAGAUUUCUUACUUGAGUGGUAGCAUGUUUGUGAAAGUCUUACUUGCAUUAUGCCAAGCAAAACUUUUUUUGACCAGACUUAAACAGCCUUGCCUGGAAUGAGAAAUGUAGUAAAUUAGUCCAGCAGUAAGAAUUCAGUAUUUAAACUUGCGGCUACUGGUUGCCAAACAACAUAAGAGGUCUCAUAGUUCCUAACUGACAGUGGCCCUUCUUGUCUCUUUCAACACUAGAAGGAACUUGUUGGGGCAAUAUUCAACUUACAGGCUCUGUACAGUUCUGUUUUAGGAAUGUAAUGAAGAAGAGUAUCUGAAAUAGCUUCCUACUAGUAGGCAUUUUGAUCUGCCCUCUCAAAGCCAGUGAUGGUUACUGAAAUUAUACUUGUAUGUUAUUACACAAGUAUUUCACUUCACACUGUUCCACCUGUACAAAGAGUGGAAAACAUGCCCAGUUUUGAAAAGUUUUGGUUAACAAAACCAAAGCAAACUUCUCUCUGCACUGUUUUACUGUAGUCCUUCCUAGUAGCGCAUAACUCCUGUCUUCAGUUAUGUGACUGUUGGAUAGUAAAAUGGCAUUGCAAUUCACUUUUAAAUAAAGCAUUGAUGAAAAGUAA